UCCCGCCUCCCCCAGGUUCACAUCGAGUCCCUGGAGGGCAUCGCCCCCGAGGACCAGGUGGUUCUCCUGGGGGGAGCGCCCUUGGAGGACGAUGCCGUCAUCGGGCAAUGUGGCAUCAGCGACCUCAGCACCCUGGAGGUGGCUGCCCGCGUGCUGGGAGGUAAGGUCCAUGGCUCUCUGGCUCGUGCUGGGAAAGUGAGAGGCCAGACCCCCAAGGUGGCCAAGCAGGAGAAGAAGAAGAAGAAGACGGGCCGUGCCAAGCGGCGCAUGCAGUACAACCGCCGCUUUGUCAACGUUGUGCCCACCUUUGGCAAGAAGAAAGGCCCCAACGCCAACUCCUAAGUAAUGCCAUCCCGUGUCCAAUAAAGUAGACAGCACCCAA